AGCUGUUAGAAGAGAAGGUAUCCUUUCCAAAUGUAUCCAAGUGUCGACUCAAACACAUCAAAGCCUCAAUCUUUGCGCCCGGCUUCUGCUUCAGAGAUGCUUACGAACGCCCCUACCCACGUGCUGUAAGUAAGGAAUAUAGGAUCGGUUCAUAUUUUGACACCCAAUGCCCCGUUUAUUCCGAAUCUAUCCUUCGUUGAUGUCCCCAAAGUCGAGGUAGGCAAACAACUGGAUGUUUUAGAAUUGCUAGGGGAUGUCAACCUCUUGAGGUUCAGCACUAGAAGCCAAAGCGUUCCUAGCAUUCGGCCCACAAGUUCCGAGGGAUUGUGUAAAGGUUUUAAAAAAACAAACACGGGUGGAUCAGGUGAUGGUAGUUGUGAUGUUGAAAGGAUUCAACGCCCCGUACUCAAGCGUUGUGCUAAUGUUGUUGGGGGUGGUGGUGCCAUGGACUCUACCGCAGGCACAACAACAGGCAAAACAGAGUUUGUUAGCAUGGAAAGAACCCUGAACCUAAAGGGUAAAUACGUUAUGAUUUGUUGCGUGUUUGUGCCAUCAAUAUGGUGUUCAGAAGACGGGUUCCUGGUUUAUCACACAGCCUUAGCUUCUCAUGAGCUGGCUAGAAGAGAUGACUUUGAGCUGGUGGUUGUGCCAAUGAUGAGGGAGGGUUUCACUCACUCUCUCUCUCUGCCUAUCAACACUUUUUGGAGCUGAGCAUGAAUGCUUUCCCUUUACUCCAGAGAGAGAAUGGGUUUUCCUAUGCACUGAGUAUAAUCGGGAGAAUCGCUCCCUUGGUGAGCUCUUAGGCCUCAGCGACACUGAUGUUCUUUACAAUAUUGAGUAUCUUGCUGGCAGCAGGUUGAAGGAAGAGGAUGGUCGUAGUAUUACUAUUUCUGAGCUUAAACAGAAGGUUGUGGGGCUUUACAUGCACUGGGAUGGUAGAAGUUUAAAGAGGCUUAAGGAUGUUCACGAGGAAUGUAGAUGGCAAACCCACGAGCUUGAGAUUGUGGUGGUGUCACUGGUGUGCAAUCCCUUCCGGGAUCGAGUGCCCCCAAAGUUGUAUGAUGAUGUGAUCAUUGAUAAACUUGCAAGUCUUAAGCUGCUACGGUGGUGGUUUUUCCCCUUCAACAACACAGUAUGCCAUAGACUAGAGCGGGUGCCUAUAUUUGACCGUGAAAAGGAAAGUCUUUUCAUAGUGGAUCCUAGUGUUGAAAAGUGUGUUGAUCCCUAUGGAAUGCUAAUCAUCCGUGACUUCGGCAUGGACGGUUAUCCCUUCACCAGGAGGAAAUUGAUCGACAAGGAAUUCCAAAGGAAAAAGGGACUGAGAUUGGACUCACUACUUACUUGGGAAGCUGUUCAUGCCACGCUUGAUCCUGAGUGCAAGAUGGAUAAACCUGUGGCAACGCUUAAGGACUAGAUUGUUGUUCUUUAUCUAUACCAAGACUCACAGAAAUGUCUGGCUGAUAAACUGGCUGGGUGGUAUAAAAGAUAUAUUAAGGGAUGGCAUUCAAAUGUUGAGGUGGUUGCUGUAUGCAUAGAUGUGGACAGGAGAUGCGGCACCAUUGAUGAGGAAUUCAUGGAUAAGGGUUGGUUCCUAUGCCGUGCAGACCCAACCAAGGCAGCCAGGCUCUGUAAAGAAUACUUUCAUCCUCGCUUGAAGCCACGCGAGGCUCUUGUUGUUUUUGACGAAGAUGGCCGCAUUGCAUCUUUGGGUCCUAAUCACAUUUUCCAAUGUAAAGAUCCUCCCUUCCACGGCAAUCUACGUGAAGAGAUUUGUCGGAAGGAUUUUGAAGAUGCUGGGU